ACUAUGUAAAUGUACGUGUAUGAUAUGGAUGUAGAAAGAUAGACUAUAUAAAAGAAAAACGAAAAAAUAGUUGCCGUAGUAUCGAAUGUGACAGACGUUCCAUAUAUUUGUGUUAUUUAUGUUGUUUUGUGCUUGUGUUCUUUAAUAACAAUUAAACACAAAAACUAUAAAAUAAUUAAAUGUAUUUGAUGUAUAAUAAUGUCGACAGCAAAAAAGGAAGAUAUGGACAGCAGCAAACAAUUUACUUCACAUAAUAUAAACGAGGAAAUUGUUAUCUCUGGUAUUGCUGGACGAUUUCCUAAAUCUGAUAAUAUGAAACAUUUUCAGGAGAAUCUUUUUAAUGAAAUUGAUCUCUCAUCGGAAGACAAUGAAAGAUGGAAUGCUGCUGAAUUUGACAUGCCUUCUAAAUUCGGCAAGAUCAAUAACAUAAACAAGUUUGACGCACAAUACUUCGACAUUUCUUUUAUCGAAGCAGAGAUACUAGAUCCUAUGACUAGAAUGUUACUGGAACACACUUAUGAAGCAAUUGUAGAUGCUGGAGUUAAUCCUGAAGAAUUACGUGGUACAAAUACUGGAGUAUUUGUAGGUGCAUGUGAUUCCACGACAUUUGAUGCGUUAGCGUACACUAACUAUACCUCUAAAUCGAUAAUGGAACAUGUACAUUUAUCAGCCAAAUUUUGGAUGGCAAACAAGAUUUCUUCUUGGUUAGAUAUUUUUGGACCAUCAUAUGUUGCAGAUACAGCUUGUAGUUCAAGUCUUUUCGCUUUAGCCCAUGCGUAUACAAGGAUACAAAACGGAGACUGUAAUGCGGCCAUUGUAGCUGGUGCCAAUCUGUGUUUACAUCCUUACAUGACACAUCAAUUCUUUCGUCUUGGAGUAUUAUCUCCUGACGGUCGCUGCAGACCUUUUGAUGAAAAAGGCGAUGGUUACAUGCGCAGUGAUACGAUUGCUGUGCUGUUUUUGCAGAAAGCAAAAGAUGCAAGAAGAAUUUAUGCCACGUGUGUUAAUAUUAAAUCUAAUUGCGAUGGUUUCAAAAAAGAAGGUAUCACAUAUCCAUCUUUUGAUAUGCAAAAGGCUGUGCUAGAAGAAGUUUAUGAGGAAUGCAAAAUUGCACCUUCUGAAAUAUUAUAUAUUGAGGCUCAUGGAACUGGUACUCAAGUAGGUGAUCCAGUAGAAAUUAAUGCUAUUGAUCAAGUUUUCUGUAAAAACAGAAAUAAUCCUUUAUUGGUUGGCUCAAUAAAAUCAAAUCUUGGACAUUCGGAACCUGCCAGUGGUAUAUGUCAAAUAGCAAAAGUACUGAUAGCAAUGGAAACUGGUAAGAUUCCAGCAACUCUGCACUACAAAUCACCGCGAAGCAAUCUUUCUGCUAUUAUUGAAGGUAGAAUAAAAAUUGUUACUGAACCUACACCAUGGAAUGGUGGUUAUGUAGGUAUAAGUUCUUUCGGAUUUGGUGGUGCAAACUGUCACGUAUUGUUAAAAUCGAAUCCGAUAGAUAAGAUCAUGAAGCCAGACAAUUUACCUAGACUUGUAACUGUGUCUGGCCGUACCGAGGAAGCUGUUAAAACAAUUCUGGAUGAUGUACAUAAUCGGCCGAUAGAUGUGGAAUAUAUUGCUCUUUUACACUGCACUUAUAAUAAAAAUGUAGAACAUCACCCAUAUAGAGGAUAUACUAUAGUUGGAUCAACAGAAAAUCAUAGAUCAAUUAAGAAGCUGGAAUGUUACUCAAAUAUAAAUAAACAAAUUUGUUUUCUAUUUCCCGGAACAGAUGUCAUAUGGCGUAGCAUAGGCAAAGAAUUAAUGGAACUACCAAUAUUUGUUAAAACAAUUCAGAAAUGUGAUGCAGCACUUAAACCACACGGUAUAUGUGUUACGGAUAUUUUAUUCAACGAAAAAGAAAAUACUUACACUGAUAUUAUAAAAUCAUUCGUAGCAAUCAUUGGUAUUCAGAUUGCAAUAGUGGAUCUCUUAUUACAUAUUGGAAUUGUGCCCGAUUACGUAAUCGGUGAGUCGAUUGGUGAACUUCUGUGCGGAUAUGUGAAUGAACUUUUUACUGUUGAGGAAACAAUUUUAAUAGCGUAUUAUAUGGGUGUUGCAUUUAAAGAAACAAAAGCAGAACAGUGUAAUUAUAACUCUGCUGCUUGUAAUCAAUAUUUAAAACACAUUAGAUCGAAGCACCUAGUAAACUAUCUGAAUCAAAUAGUACCAUGUAAAUCUUUAAAAAGUUAUAAUAAGAAAUGGUUAAAUAUGUUUUUGCCUCGUAAUAAAACAUACAACUCACUUACGCAGUUAUCUACUGCUGAAUAUUAUGCAUACAAUGUAGUAAAUUCAACACCACUUGAGGAACUUUUACCUUUGAUACCAAAAAAUGUGAUAGUUAUUGAAAUAGUGUCGUAUAAUAAUUGGCAGUUUUUUGUAAAUAAUUGUUUGGAUUCAAGCUAUAUUUCAUUAUUUAAACAUGGUCAACGUAACGAUAUAAAUAGUAUUUUAGAGGAAAUUGGAAAUCUUUAUAAUAUUGGAUUUCAACCGCAAAUUGCAAACUUAUAUCCAUCAAUACAGUUUCCAGUCAGUCGUGGAACACCAAUGAUAUCUCCUCUAAUAAAGUGGGAUCAUUCUGAAACCUGGCACAGUGUAACGUUUUACCAUCAGAAGAAACCUGACGUUAGAGAACAAACUGAAAUCAUUACAAUCACGGAUAUACGUUUCGAUUAUAUGGUUGAACAUGUAAUUGACGGAAGAAUUCUGUUACCGGCCUCAGGUUAUCUAUUUUUUAUUUGGAAACUGAUCGCGUCGGUGUUAUGCUGUCAUUAUCAAGAAAUACCGAUUAUAUUCGAAGACGUUAACUUUCUUCGUGCUACUCACUUAUCAAAAGAGACUACAGUUAAACUGAAGUUUUCAAUACAAAAAUACAGUAAUAAAUUCGAGAUUACUGAAGAAGAUACUGUUAUUGUUACUGGAAAAGCAUGGAUUCCAGAUGAUAUUGCAAAUCAUAAAUUACUCACUCAUAUUGUAAAUAAACCUGAACACGAUGUCAACGAAUAUAUGAGUACCAAAGAUAUUUACAAAGAAUUGCGACUUCGUGGGUACCAAUAUUCCGGUGUAUUUCAAGGCCUGGAAAGUGCAUCAAUUACAGCAAAAGUAGGACAUAUAAAGUGGUCAAAAAAUUGGGUAGCGUUUAUCGACAACAUGUUGCAAAUGAAGAUUCUCUCAAUAGAUUCGAGACAUCUUUUUGUACCAAUAAGAAUUCGUAAAGUAGUGAUCGAUCCUAAAUUUCACAGUGAACAAAUACAAAAUACACCCAAUGAAAAAGCGAAAUUUCCUGUACGCAUUUAUGAUUCUCUAGAUGUUGUAAUAUCUGGUGGGAUAGAAAUUCAUGGUUUUUAUGGAGUUAUGUUAGAUAGAAUAUUUAGUAGUACUGAUAUAAAAAGAAAAAUACAUAUUUAUAACUUGUUAAACAAUAUGAUUCAGCGUGGAGCGGUCGUACCACUUGUAAGAAAAGUUUUUGAACAACAUGAGAUAGAAACCGCUUUUAAAUAUAUGGCAGCUGCAAAACAUAUAGGAAAGGUAAUCAUAAAAAUACGUACAGAGAAAGAAGUUGCGGACGCUCCUAUUCUCGCGUAUCCUCAAUAUUUAUGUAAUGAGCAUAAAUCUUAUAUUAUUUUGGGUGGUUUAGGCGGUUUCGGCCUAGAGUUAACCAACUGGUUGAUUGUUCGUGGAGCUCAAAAAAUUAUACUCAUUUCACGAAAUGGUAUAAAGAACGGUUAUCAACAGUCAAGAAUAGAGUUAUGGAAAUCGUAUGGAGUAAAUGUGCAAAUAAUGACAGGCGUUGACGCAUCUACUCAUAACGGUUGUGCUUCUAUUUUACGUUCUGCCAACGAAUUAGGACCAGUGGAUGCUAUAUUUAAUCUCGCAGUUGUGCUAAAAGAUGAUAUUUUCACGAAUCAAACUCCGGAAACAUUUGAAGAAACAUUUCAGUCGAAAGUUCUAGCUACAAGGCAACUGGACAAUUUGUCUAGAAAAAUGUGUCCUUAUCUUCGACAUUUUGUGGUAUUUUCAUCUGUUUCAUGUGGUAAAGGAAAUUUUGGACAAACUAACUACGGUAUGGCCAAUUCGAUAAUGGAAAGAAUCUGCGAAAAAAGAGUGCAAGAUGGAUUACCUGGCAUGGCUAUUCAGUGGGGUGCGAUAGGCGACGUCGGUCUUGUCGCUGACAUGCAACAAAACAAUAAAGAACUAGUUAUCAGUGGAACAUUGCAACAACGAAUAUCAUCUUGUUUAGAAUCACUGAACAAUUUCUUAAUGCAGAAUCGACCGAUUGUAAGCAGUAUGAUUGUAGCUACAAGAUCAAAAGUUUCUGGAGACAUUGUGCAUGUUGUGAUGGACAUAAUGGGAUUGAAAACUUUAAAAGGAGUUGGAGAACAAGUACUCUUGUCUGAACUUGGCAUGGAUUCUAUGAUGGGUUUAGAAAUUAAGCAAACAAUAGAAAGAGAAUUCAAUAUUUUCUUCACAGCCCAAGAAAUUCGAAAUCUCACCUUCGCUAAACUCAAAAAAGUAACUGAAAAAGAUAAAUACGACCAAAAGAAUGUUGAGAAACAACUUGACACAAAUAAUUCGCAACAUGUAAAAGUCUUUAAUAUUUUUCGGUUAAUAUCUGACUUAGAUAUAAUUUCAAACAUUUCUGUAGAACUCUCUACACAACGAGAAGUAGAUAGAAACCAAGUAUUUCUUUUGCCAGGAAUUGAAGGAUUUGCUAACAUAUACAACUCAAUAGCUCCAAAAAUUAAAGCUCCUGCAAUAUGCCUACAACAUAGUUCUAUUAAUAUUCCUGAAUCUGCUCACUCUGUAAUACAAUCAGCCACUGAUCUUUUAUCUCAUAUUUUAUCAAAACUAACAGAUUCUACAGAAUUCGUAAUUGGCGCAUAUUCAUAUGGAUCUCUUAUUGCUAUUGAAAUGGUAAAACAAUUAGAAGCUAAAAACUUUCGAGGACGAUUAGUAUUAAUCGACGGAGCUCCCAAGUACUUAAAAGACAUACAGGAAACAUUCUUCCCUUUUACUAAUAGUCAAGAAUUUCAAAUUUGUGUGUUAAAACACAUAAUAGAUGGUUUUAAUAUACCUGCAUCAGAAUUGAUUAUACCAGAAUUAAAUAAAUAUGCUACUUGGGAAGACAAACUAAAUAGUUUUACAAAAUACAUUACUAGUGAAAUGAUAACUUCUUUCAAACUUUCCAUCGAUUCCAUUAAACUAUUUUGUACAACAAUUUACAAACAUUUAAUUGCUGUUCAAGAAUACGAUACGUCUUCAUUGGUAUCAAUUCAGUCACCUAUAAUACUAUUAAAAGCAACAAAUUUAUUACUUUCUUCGGUAGAAGAAGAUUAUGGUCUAAAUAAGAUAAGCAAAAGUGUACAAAUUCACUACGUAGACAGCAAUCAUGUAUCAAUAAUUAAUAGUGAUCAGGUCGCAGCUGCUAUUAAUGGAGAAAUAAGACAAGAGUAACAAAUAGUUUGUUGUCGAAAUAACAAGAGAAUGUAAAAGCAAUAAGUAAUUUGCUGUCAAUUUAUCAAACACAAACAAUUAUCUGGAAAAGAUAUGCAAAAUUUCUCGAAGAGUGCGCAAUUUAAAAAAAAAAAAAUGUUUAUAUAACAAAUGUUUUAGUGUACACGAAUUUACUGAUGACUAUUUAAUAGAAACUAUGACUCUACUGAUCUCAACAUUAUUGUAACAGUAUCAAAAUUGAUUUAAUUUAAUUUCACGGACUCAAAGCAUAUAAAAAAUAGGUAAAUCUUUUAAAAACAGACAAUUGUUUUCGGGAAAGUUUGUGUGUGUGUGUGGUUUAAAUAAAUUACUUAUUUCUCUUUUUUUGCUGUGGUUUUUUGGGCACACGUUAUACGGAUCGUAACUGAAAUAUUUUUUGUAAAUCGAAAUAAAAUGAAUUUUGAAGAGAAAUUCAUAUGAUGUUGAUUUUCUAGAAACGCGUCCCAACAUACAUAACUAUUUACAAAAGAAUUUCAAAAGAAUUGCAAAGAAUCAAAUUUUAAAAAUUAAAUUAUUAAUCUUAAAAAGUACUUCGAUAGCAACCUGUCUGUGUUUUUGUUGUCAUGGUGCCGAAAACGCUUGAGUUUUCAGCAAACUUAGAACAAGGUGAGUCAGACAUUUCUCUUUGACAUGACACGUAUCAAACAUGUGUUGCCGACAACUUGCUGUGUAUCUGCUGUCAACGAUUUAUCAGUAGCAUAAAAAGCAUAACAUAACAAGUUACCGACAACAUAUGCUGAGUCACACAUUUGAGCAAAAAUACAAUUCACUAGCACAUCGCGUUGUGAUAGAGGAAGUAAUUCGAGAUUUCACUCGAAUUAAUCUUUGAAGAUCUGAUUUAGUUCGCCGAUCAAACUGAUUAACUCGAUGAAAGAUACCGGAAACAAUCCUAAUGGUGAUAGUUUGGAUUUAUACUCGAGACCUUCGUAUUCGCAGUCCUUUCACUCAGUCCGCGAGACCACUUGUUUCUUACUAAAAUGUAAUUGUUUUUAUCUACUUAUUCUGAAAAAAACGGUCAUUUGUUUUCGACAUUUAAUGGGCUACAAGAUAGAAGUAAUAUAUUUCAAGAGGGUUUAACAACCAUACGACAGAAGUACAGACAUCGGUGUCUUGUUACCGUCAUGUUGCUCUUAUGUUGCCGAAAACAAAUGACAAAAGCAAAGAGUUUUCCAUGAGUAGAAGUCAUUUUGUGGACAACGUAAGGAGCAACAGUUGCUUUCCGUUUACUCUAAAUCUGUUAACACAAAAUGACUCAAAUUUGCCUUUGUGUUGUUGAUUACGUAUGACUAUGCAUUACGUUUUCAGCAUAUACACAGUAACUAUUCGAAAACCUUUGCUCAGGCAUUAAGUUACAUGAGUUUGCAAAAAUGCUUGACUAUCAAGGUAAGGCCUCUGAUAAAGUUAGUGUACUGAUUAUUAAUGACUAAAUUAACAUAUCUAUACUAAUGAAUAUGUUAACAUAUCUAAUGCCGCAGCGCUUAUGUAACUUAAGAGGAUGCUGAACCGUCCUGUUUUACCAUAAAAAUAGUAAAAUGUCUGAAUA